AAAAGUAAAAAUUAUUCCCACACUCUCAGUUUGGGCGGGAAUUCAUUUCCCACCUUUUCUUUUAACAAUUAAAAGAACAAAAAUUUCGUCGACCACGAAGAACUGAAAACCCUAGACCGCCGCACACCGACUCCAUACUCCGGCGAUCCUCCGCUCCGCCGAAGCUCGACUGCUCAGUCUAUCCACCUCUGCUUCCUAUCGCGCCGCACUGUCAUCUAUUUCUCCCGUUCACUAAAUUGAAAAGGAGAGGGAAAAAGAUGCAGAUUCGUGUGAAGUGCAAUUGCGGUGAAGGAAACUGCGUGGAAUGGGGCGUUGUUGAACUGCAAGGAUUUGUUGAACCACAACCUGGUUUUCAGGGUUCCCUCGCCAACCUUCAAAUUGGCAUUCUCUGUCGUCCUUCUUCUCAGGAAGUCUACACUUUAACUAUUGGGUACCAUGAACUGACAGGGUCAAAGAUUUCCUUGAAAAAGCCAUUGUUAGUGCUCAAGAAAGUCAAGCAUAUGGAUGGAGAAAGCUGUAGUGAUGUUGAGUUACAGGUUGUUGGAAUCAUAAGACAUAAGAUUCUGUUCAAGACCAGACCAAAGGCCCUCAUUUCUAAGCCAGAGAUAACAUCUAGAGAAAAACAAAAGUCUAUCAUGUUAGGCUCUGCAGCUUCAAAUCAAGCUGUGUGACAUUCACUGUCUCUGUCAUUCAAUGAACUCGAGUUGGACCAGAAGUCUAGAGAAAUACAAGGAGACAAACAUCCGGCAAUCUUCAUGUGUCAUUCAUAUGUAUUUGUAAUUUGUAAUCUUGGCAAUCACAUGUGGAGCACAAUUGAUGGCAAAAGUGUCUAAUAUAAUAUGAUUAAGAGGUGUUUGGAGUGUCAUUAUCUGAAUAUCUAUUUUGGUGUAAAUGUGCAAAUAAUGCAUAUUAAACUAAAGCUUGUCCGAACUUCUAAUUGUGUAGAGGAUUGGAAUAUGAAUAUAUUUGGUCGUUUGUUUGA